GAAAGACGGUGGCCUUCCGCUGCAAAAUCUUUCGCGCAAGCGGCGAGAGCAUCGAGCACUGACUCUCUCUCUCUCUCUCUCUCUCUCUCUCUCCUCUUCUUCAUCACUUGUUCGACUCGGAUUGGUCGAUCAGCCCUCCCGUCGCGCCGCCGACCGUCCCUCGCUCCCCUCCGUUCGCGCGCUCCACCGGCUGAUCGGGUCGUCCCGCGGGGAUGAAGAAGAGGCCGAGAGGAGCAAGCCUCGAUCAGGCGGUCGUCGAUAUACGGCGGCGAGAGGUCGGCGGCCUCUCCGGUCUGAGCUUCGCUCGCCGCCUCGCCGCUUCCGAGGGUCUUGUGUUGAGGCUCGAUAUCUAUAAUAAACUGAAAGGGCAUAGGGGAUGUGUCAACACUGUCGGUUUCAAUCUUGAUGGUGACAUAGUAAUAUCGGGCUCGGACGACAGGCAUGUGAAGCUCUGGGAUUGGCAAACUGGGAAAGUCAAGUUGUCAUUUGAUUCGGGUCAUCUAAGCAAUGUCUUCCAAGCCAAGAUCAUGCCAUACACUGAUGAUAGGAGCAUUGUCACUUGUGCAGCUGAUGGACAGGCAAGGCAUGCUCAGAUUCUGGAGGGGGGACAAGUUCAGACAAUGUUGUUAGCCAAGCAUCGGGGAAGGGCUCAUAAGUUGGCUAUAGAUCCUGGAAGUCCGCAUAUAGUUUACACAUGUGGUGAAGAUGGAUUAGUUCAACGUCUUGAUCUCAGGAGUAAUACUGCCAGAGAACUUUUCACUUGCCGAGAAGUAUAUGGGACUCAUGUGGAAGUUGUUCAUUUGAAUGCAAUUGCAAUCGAUCCAAGGAACCCAAAUCUAUUUGUGAUUGGUGGGUCAGAUGAGUAUGCUCGGGUGUAUGAUAUUCGCAAUUACAAGUGGAAUGGAUCGCAUAAUUUUGGUCGAUCUGCUAACUACUUUUGUCCUUCUCAUCUCAUUGGUGAGGCACAUGUGGGAAUAACAGGCUUAGCCUUCUCUGGUCAGAGUGAACUCCUCGUCUCUUACAAUGAUGAAUCCAUCUAUCUCUUCACCCAGGAGAUGGGACUGGGUCCUGAUCCGCUCUCUGCCUCCACCAAGUCCGUGGACAGUAAUUCCAGUGAGGUGACAUCUCCCACAGCUGUGAAUGUUGAUGACAAUGUUACCCCACAAGUCUACAAAGGGCACAGGAACUGUGAGACAGUGAAGGGUGUUGGCUUUUUUGGGCCUAAAUGUGAAUAUGUGGUGAGCGGGUCUGACUGUGGCCGCAUAUUCAUUUGGAAGAAAAAAGGGGGACAGCUUAUCCGUGUCAUGGCAGCUGAUAAACACGUUGUAAACUGUAUUGAGCCUCAUCCUCAUAUCCCUGCUCUGGCUAGUAGCGGAAUAGAAAAUGACAUCAAAAUCUGGACUCCCAAGGCUAUUGAAAGAGCUACUCUACCAAUGAAUGUCGAACAGGUCCCCUCUGACCACAUCCCAUGGUUAUUUGGUGUCGAGAGUGAUGAGGAUGAGGAUUAUUCUUAUGAUGAUGAUUUUUACUACGACGAUGACGAUGAAGGCCAUGGAGAUUCUAGUGAUGUUGAUAGCGAAGAUGAUGAUGUUGACGAAGAUGACGACGACGGCGACGGCGAAGAUGGCGAUGGUGGUGAUAACAGUGAUGGCGGCAAUAGUUUUUCAGGCAGUUAUAAUGAUUGUGAUUUUACCCUUUCUAUUUCCAGCUAAAGCCAAAGGCUAGGGGGUGGAUGAACAGAAUAUCGUCGCCCCGGCAACUGUUGUUGCAGCUAUAUUCCCUGGAAAGGUGGCCGGAGCACGGUGGAGAGACUUCAUCUGGCUUGGCUGCUGGGCAGGAGGAACUCACGGAACUCUUUUUCGCACUGAGCGCUAACGGCAACGGGUCUCCGGAUGGUGGUGGUGAUCCUUCUGGUCCACUCCUUUAGGCGACUGAUGUGGUGCGUUCAGAAGACGACUAGCAACUGUGCAUAAUAAUGUAGGGCAAAACCGUUUUGCUUCCCCAUCCAUACUCUUUUUUUUCUGUUUCUUCUUCGGCUUUCUUCGGCUUCUCUUCCUCCUCUUCUUCAUGGAUGUAUAUGUUCAUCCACAUAACUUGUUCAUGCUUGUUUAUAUUCUUUUAUUUAUUUUUCUCCUCCUUUUCAUGGAUUAUUUACGUUCAUAUAAUUUGUUCUUCAUGCGGUGCA